AUGACUGGGCCCUUUCCUCCACUAUUCAUGAUGCAAGGCUCUAGUGGGGACACCGCAAAAGCACAUUGCCGCAGCAGUUGCCAAACGAGAAGGUUCGCUGAUAGGGCCAUGGAAAGAGAUGACUUCAUCCGCUUGCUUGAUUCCUGUUGGAGUGAGUUUCGGCAAAAGGCCAUCACAGCCUACUCGAGCCAGGCCAUCGCAACCUGCCCGGAGCCGGCGCCCAGAGUGCGCGCGUGGGAGGGGGCCUGGUGCGAGAUUGAUGACGAGCUUGUGACGGCCACCGCGAGUGCCAGGUUGGUUGGGAAGGAUUUCAGGCCCUCAGGCUCAUUGAAAAGAGCGAUGGGCAGUGAGAAUGUCAGUGAGAUUGAUACAGAACUUGUGGCGCUCUCCACCACGAGUGGCAACCUCCGCUCUGCUUUAAAGAAGAUGGAGACUGCAGAAGCCCUGGCUACCAGCCAGCGCCUGCGGCUUCGGCUAGGUGUCUUGCCACACCAGAAACUCAUCUCUGGCCAGGCCCUUCAUGAUGCUGUCGGCGCGCUGGGCCUCACCAGGUACAGCUUGAAGGAGACAAAUGCCCUGAUCAACGCAGUGGGGGAGUACAUCGGGCUCCAUUUCAAGGACGACAUGAGCGCCGCAGGCUCAGAGGUCAACUUCCAGGAUGAUAUCGAGUUUAUUGGCUUGGAGCCCGUGUGGCAAUGGCUGUCAACCAAGUCGAAUGAUGACCCCGUCGCUUCGCAGGAGAUCCCUCUUGAUGCACGAAGGAUGAAGGAUGUCGUUCCAUGUCAAGCGCUGAUGGAGCUGUUCUUGGCCGAAGAGGGCCAAACGCACCGGAAGGUCUUCCGUACCAGCUCGCUCUUGAAGCAGUUCCAAGGCAUGCGGGAGAUACUGAUGGCCAGUGACGCGAACCGGCUGGUGGCAGAGUUGACCUUCGUUCGGAUCAACGACUUGGCGGCGCCUUGCGAGCCGAUGCAUCCCCUCAUGUACAUUGAGCCUUUUGUUGCCAUCCUCAUAUUGGCGAACGGCAUCAUGAUAGGCUUUCAGACCGACCCCAUGUAUGAGCAUUGGCAGGGAUGGAUUCACAUCGAGACGGCAUUCGCAAUUCUCCUUGUGCUGGAGAUUUUGCUUCGCAUUCUGGUCCUUCGGUGUCGCACUUACUGGUGUGGAUCAGAGCGCUAUUGGAACUGGUUUGAUGUUUUCCUGGCUGUCACUUCAGUAACUGACCUGGUGUUCCAGUAUGUUGGGCAACAAACGAGAGACAUUGCUGGCACCGGCUUAUUGAGGUUCACCAAGCUUAUUCGGCUCGUAAGAAUUGUGAAAGUCUUCCGGCUGAAAAUGAUGAAGGAUUUACGUCUCAUGGUCAAAGGGUGGAUUGCCGGACUGCGAACUCUGGUUCUUGCCUUUACGUUACUCUUCACCGUGCUGUACGUAAUCUCCGGCUUUGCAACCAUGGCGCUUUGCGAUCAGCUUGUUUCGGAUGUUGAGCUCCUGCAUCACUUUGAGGGCAUUCCGGCCUCAAUGUUCACAGCCUUCAGGUGCUUCACCGGCGAUUGCACCAGUGACCAAGGAAUGCCUCUGACUUCUUUGCUGGCGGCAAAAUUUGGACUUGCCUUCAUCCUCCCUUAUGUUGCAAGCUAUAUGCUUGUGACCAUGGGCAUCUUCAAUGUCAUCCUGGCAGUUUAUGUAGAAAUAACUAUGCGGGCGGCCAAGGAGAAUGAUGCCAGCAGUGCAGAGCAGUACUCGCGUGAGUCAAUUCGUGUAGCUAAAUGUGCUCGGGAGCUUCUCAAAAAGUUUGCAACUGCGUACCGCGAGUUCUGCUAUGCCCAUGCUAGACCUGGAGAAAUGGACAUGAUGUCCGCGAUUGCGUUCACUUCGGAAAGCAGCGAGGCGGUAUUCACAGAUGAUGAUGUGCAUGACCAGAUCCAGAUUACAAAAGAGAUGUUUCUGGUUGUCAUACAGGACCGAGGCGUGCAGAUACUCAUGGAUGAACUCGAUUUGCCGCCAGACCGUGCUAACCUGUUUGAAGUCAUUGAUGCAGAUGGGAGCGGCACCCUCCAUGUUCAGGAGUUGGUCCAAGGCAUGCUGAAGAUUCGCGGCGACAUCACCAAGAGCGAUACCGUUGCGACAUUGCUCGCAACGAAAUCAUUGCAGACCAUGAUCAUGGACAUGCAAUCGGAGUGGGCGCAGACUCUCAAGGUCCUGUCGCACACGCUCACUGAACAGGAACAUCAGUUACAUCUUCAGCGAAGCUUCGAGCAUCGAUCCGAGAAGCCGGCUGAGCCGCAUGGUUGCUUCAAGCCCAAAUUUCCCCUGUCAUCCUUGGCCACCGCCGGGCCAACAAAGCCAGAGGAUGCCCAAGAAGAGAGCGAGAAUGAGUUCGAGUUUUACACCAGCCAGUCCACACUAGAUUAUUGGCAAGCCUAA